AUGAAUAUGGCUGGCUGCAUAUCAAACUCUGUAUCUGCUAUAGAGGGAAUAAGCGGCAGCAAUAAAACCGAACAUGAAUCAAGAGCUUUUGUCAAACGUUCGACAUUCAAUCAAAAUGUAUUAGAAAUGAUGUGGGCAAGAGCUCAAUAUCAAGAGAAACAUUUCUCUAUGCCAAUAAAAAGCAAUUUUUCUCAUGGCAAAGACAAGGCAUCGAAGCAAUAA